GACAAUGAAGUGAUGGAUACGUACGUGAAGCCAACGCUUACGCGAAGCAAAGUCAAAAAUGAGCAACACAGAACAUUUUGCAGCUCACUGGAAGAAAUCCGAAACUUGGUGAAACCACGAGAGUUUGAUGUGAUCCUGGCUGUUGAAAUGUUCAACACCGACAAAAUCAAAUUUGAGGAAAUUCACGAUCUCAUCGACUAUGCUUUGUCAAACGAUGGAAUUUGCUGUCGCGCACGCUUGUACAGCGCGUACGAUCACGUCAAAGUUUGCAACUUGGUACACUUUGCUAACUCGAAAAACUUGCCAGAAAGCAGUGGCUGUAAUUUUAUCAGUAUGUUUAUCGCCCAUAUGGGAAAUCGUACACCUAAAAUGAUUAGCGAUUUGUACUUGCGGCACUUCAAAGAUAUUUGUAACGAGGUGGCUAUUUCGCUUACUGGUUAA